AUGUCCCUGACACCAGGAUCUCAACAGCAAGGUAUGAAUUGCCAAGAGUUGACUUCAGGUUGGCAAGGUAUGAAAUCAGUGAUGUUGGAACCAGAGCCAAUGAAGGAGUUAAUACCAGGACCAAUGUUGACUAGUGUCAAAUUUUCCAGUUUGUCUCCAGAAUCACAGCAACAAGUUGUGAAAACUUUGGAGUUUACUUCAGAGUCAAAAGUGCAAAGUGCAAAACAUAAGGAAUUGUCUUUGGUGUCUCUGCAACAAACUAUAAAGUCUAUGGAGUCAGCACCAGGUAUACUGCUUCAAAGAGUGAAAUCUGAGGAGCUAACUUCAAAACCAGGCUAUCAACUCAUAGACUCCUUUGAAGUUAUUCCUAAAACAGAUCACCAGUUUGCUGAAUAUGCAGAGAUGAUCCCAAAGCCAAGGCAUCAAGUCUCUAAAUCUGUGAAUUUGAUUUCAAUACCAAUUAAUCAAAGCAUAGAAUCUUCAGAAAUGAUACCUGAGUCAGCAUAUCAAGGCACAGAAACUGUAGCAGAAUCUGUGGGGUUUACCCCAAACACAGCACGUAAAGUCAUGCAAUCUUCAGGGAUGCCUCAGAUGCUAGAUCUUCAAGUACCAGAAUCUGUGGAUCUGACUCCAGUACUAGGGGGUCAAGGAUCAAAAUCAUUAGAAUUAACUGCAGAGAAAAGUUACCAAGUCCCAGAAACUCUGGAAUUAUAUACUCAGGCAUGGCCUCAAGUUAAGGAUUUGGGGAUGUUAUAUACAAGGCCACUGCAGAAAGUUGUAGAAUCUGAAGGAAUGACCCCAGAGCUAAAGCAUCACAUUACAGAAAGUAUGGGGUUGACUUUUGAACCAAGGCUGCAAGGGGAGGAUUCCCUUAGAAUGACCCCAAAACCAAUAAAUCAAGCCACUGAAUAUACAGAGAGACCUCCAAGGCCCUGUCCUCAAGCCCUAGAACCUGUGGAGGUGAUGUCUGAGAAAAAGCUGCAAAGGGAAGAAUCUGUGGCAUCAAUUCCAAAGUCAUUAUAUCAUGUUCCAGAAUCUUCAGGGAUGACACCAGGGCUAGCAUAUCAAGUUCAUGAAUCUGUAGAGUUGCCUUCUGAGACACGGGUCCAAGUGGAGGAACCUAUGGAAUUGACUGCAAUGUCACUGGAUCAUAUGAGAUCUUCAGAGACAAUAUCAGAGUUAGGAUACCAAGCUCCAGAAUCUGUGGAUUGGACUUCUAAGCAACAACUGCAAGUGGAGGGAUCUUUAGACUUACCCCCGAAGCAAACAGAUCAAGUUGCAGAAUCUCAAGAACUCACUUCUAAGAUAUGGCAGCAAGAGAAGGGACCCAUGGGGCUAACACAGUCACAGUAUCAAGGUAUGAAAUAUUCAGGGACACAUCCUGGACCACCAGAUCAAAUUAGAGAAUUUAUGAAGAUUAGUCCAAAGCCACUCAGUCAAGUCACAGAAUCAACAAGUACACAGCUUCAAAUUUCUAAAUCGAUAGGGGUAACCCCAUUUGUCCCCCUAAAAGUUGUUGAAUCUGUAGAAGUGACCCCAGGGCCAUCACUUCAAGUUGUGAAGUCUGUGGCAUUAACCCCAGGACCAACUCUUCAAAUGGCAGAACCUGUUGAAUUGCCUCCCAAACGGAAAGAUAUGAGACCUUCAGGGCUAUGGUUGCAAGAUAUGAACUCUCAGAAAUUAGUCACAGAGCCAAUACACCACAUUUUGGAAAUAAUAGAGUUGACAGGGUUUCAAAUCAUAAAGACUGUGUUAAUUCCAGGACUGCCACUUCAAAUUGUAAAAUCUGAAGAAAUAGCACCAGGGCCCGUUCCUCAGUUUGUUUCAGAACAAACAGAAGUAGCCAUUGCAUUGGGGCUUGAAAAAAUGGAAUAUUUGGAUUUAUAUCCAAGGCCACAUAUUCAAGAACUGAUACGACCUGUGGAAUUAACUCCAAGGGCAAAUGUUCAAGUGAAAUCUGGAGAAUUAACUCCACAUCAAACAUCUCCAUUUGAGAAACCUAUAGUGUUGACUCGUGAACAAGAGUUUCAGGCUGUGAAAUCUAUAGGGAAAAAAUCAGAUCCACCUCAAGUCAUGGAACCUGAGGAUUUGAAUCUAGGACAAGUUUAUCAGAAUAGGGAAUCUGAGGAGUUAACAUCAGGAGAAGAGUUACAAGUAGCAAAAUAUUUAUCUAAGUUCAUUGCUAGCUCAUCAUCCCAACUUAUUCCAAGCCCUCUCAAAAUUACUUCUGAAUUAGGAGGCCACUGGGAUCCUGAAAUGCCAGAAGUAUCAAGAGACUUGGGUAUAAAAAAUCUUGAGACAGAUAUUUUGCAGCCUGGAGAGUCCUAUACAGACCCUACUGUGAUACAGUCUUCAGUCCUUCCCUUGGAUCUUUUUAAUCAACCCUCUGUUCAAACAGCUAUCACUGUGGAAAUCCCACAUCCUGAGAUCCCAGCAGUAGAUGUCAUUUCUAAGGAGAUAACCAAGAGGCAGCAGAUGGAAGAGCUAGACAACCCACUCCAGUUGGAAUAUGGUCUUCGGAACCUCUCCCAACAUCUGUCACGAAGCUGUAGAUUACCAUCUAGGAUUUCCCAGGCAGGAUCAGGUGCUCGAAGAGCGCUGACCUGGUCCAUCCUUGGCAGACAACAGAAUGUCUGUGAGAGUCAUGCCUGGAAACAGCGGCUACCUAGAAAAUACCUGUCCCAUAUGGUAAUGCUGGGGAAUGUCUUGGGAGCUACUAUGGAAAAGAAAUCUUGUUCUCAAAUAUAUCCAGCAGAAAGAGUCCCUGCAGAUACCUGUCAAUCUAUUCAGAAAUUAUUUGGGGUUCCAGCAGAACUGAUGAAAUUCCCCCAGAGCCUGGUAGAGAGGGGUCAGAGUAUUAAUUCUCACCCUUCAGUAGUCAAAAACUAUAUUCAGAGACAUACUUCAUGCCAUGGUGGUCAAGAGAAAAGAAUGGCUUUGAGGAUGUGGACACGUGGCUCCCCAUCUUCCAUAAUACAGCAAUACUCUGGGACAAGAGUGGGAAUAAAGAAAACAAACUCAAGGCUCAGUGAUAUAUCCCAGGAAGUCAGUAAACACAUGCCUUUCUCACAUAUAAGAGACCAGAUUCCUGCUCCAGUAAAGUCCGAGUCUUCUUUGAGGACAUUUUUCAGGAGGGAAGAUUCUAUUCCAGUGGAAGAGAGUGAGAAUUCACAGAAUGAUUCACAGACAAGCAUUUUUGAACCCCAACACUCCCUUGAGCCAAAUUAUCUUCCCGAGGCUAAGACUGACUGCUCAGAACAAUCCCAGCUACUACAAGAUCUGCAGCUGAAAAUAGCAGCAAAACUCUUAAGAAGUCAACUACCCCCCAAUGUGCCUCCACCUGUAGCUACUGGUCUGGUACUAAAAUACCCUAUCUGCUUACAGUGUGGCCGAUGUUCAGGAUUUAACUGCUGCCAUAAAUUACAGGCCACUUUUGGGCCUUACCUUCUUAUCUAUCCACAGCUCCACCUUGUAAGCACUCCUGAGGGCCAUGGUGAGAUUCGGGUGCAUCUUGGCUUUAGGCUGCGAACUGGGAAAAGAUCCCAAGUCUCAAAGCAUCCUGGAAGAGACAGACCCGUCAUACCAAAGAGCCCUAUAUCACCACCACAAAGGAAAACUAAAAUCUAUACUCGAGCUUUCAAGAGUCCUAUUCCUACAACAGAUUUCUGGACUGGGCCUUCACAAUCUCUUACUCCUAUACAAGUCCACAUCAGGCAAGGGCAACAUGGCAGCACUGAACCUGUAGGAAAGACAGAAAUUGGAAAGUCUGGACACUAUGAAUUCACUCAAGUUCAUUCCCUACCAGAGAGUAGUUCUGAAAGCAAUCCGGAUGAAAAGUGGGCUAAAGUGACAUCCCAAAAGACUCCUAAUCCAAAAUAUCCAAUGAAGAAAGUCACCAAGGAAGUUAGAAUACAAAGCAGUGGAAGUCUAAUAAAGAGUCCCUCUAGGGAAUUACCAGCUCACUUAAGAAGGAAAAGGAUUGGAGCAACUCAGACAACUCCUGCCUUUUUAAACAGAAAAUCGAAGAAAUCCUCCCAACCCACAUUCACGCAAAUGCUUUUUCAAGCCCUAAAGCAGGCAUUCCUAACAACACACAGAGUUAUGGCUUCUACUGUGCAGAAGCCUGAGGACAGGGCAAAGCCAGACAACUUGUGGUUGAGCAAAAACUCCCCUCUAAAACAAAAAGCCAAAGAAUAUUGCUUAUCAAGAGAUAUCAGUAGAGAUAGGAGGCCACUUGUCAAGGUAAGGCCCACAGACCCAACCACUAAGCAGGGAAGAACAGCCCAGUUAAGAUCAGCUCAACAGCCGAAAAGAGGUAGUUUUUUCCAACCCAGACCUACCCAAUUGCCUAAGUCCAUAGUUUCCAAAAAAGAUAUCACUUUCCAAACCACCUCAAGCAGACAGCCUUUGGGUAUAGCUCAAAAUGUCAACAGCAGCAGAGCUAAGAAAAACUUCAGGACUGAAAUCUCCAGCCCAGAGUCUAAGAACUUGCCCAAACCAAGUACCACAGUUCAGGCCAGAGAGGGAUCCUUACAUGGUUCCUCUAUGAAAAGAACCCCACACGGUCACUUUAAAGAGAAACCCACAUACAAGGAGCAAAACCACUUCAGCAGUCCCUCUGAGAGGAGCCAUCGCAGUUCCUCUAAGAGAACUCGAUGCAGUCUUCCUAAGAGGAAACAUCACAGACCCUCUGAGAGGAUCCGUCACAGUUCCUCUGAGAGGACCCAUCACAGUCCCUCUGUGAGGAGACAACGCAUUCUCUCUGAGAGGCGCUGUCACAGUCCCUCUGAAAGAACCCAUUUCAGUCCAUCUGAGAGAAGUAGACGCAGUCCCUCUGAGAAGAGACGAUACAAUCCUGAGAGGAGUCCACACAGUUACUCUGGGAGAACCUAUCAUAGACCUCCUGAGAGGAACCGUAGCAGUCCCUCUGAGAGAACCCAUCGCAGUCACUCUAAGAGAACCCAUCGCGGUCACUCUGAGAGGAGCCGUCGCAGUCCCUCUGAGAGGAGCCGUCGCAGUCACGCUAAGAGAACCCAUCGCAGUCACUCUGAGAGGAGCCGUCGCAGUCAUUCUGAGACAACCCAUAGCAGUCCUUCUGAAAGAAGCCGACAAAGUUCCUCUAAGAGAAGCCGUGACUGUACUCCUAAGGAGAGAAUCACGCACAGUGCCCCUGGGGACAGAGCCAGACAUAGUUUGCCUAAAGAUUUCAUCAGUUACUCAAAUACAAAAAAACACAGAAGCAGGGCAAGUUUGGAGGCCUGA